AUGGCCACAAUAGCUACUUAUAAAGUCCCGAAAGUGGAGAACGAGAACAAUAAACACUACUCAAAAGGUUCACCAGACCGAAAAGCCCUGGAGGAAGCACUUCGCGGAGCCCAGAAGCAAACACUCGAGGUGCCGGCUGUGGUCAAUGGCAAAGAGCUGUUGAAAACACCGGCCUUAACCCAACCAAAUCCUGCUGCCCACGGGGAAGUAGUUGCCAAUUACACGAAUGUUGGCUCCUCUGACGUUUCAAAUGCCAUCGAAUCUGCCCUUGCAGCCAAGCCAGCCUGGGAAUCGAUGCCUUUCGCCGACAGAGCUGCUAUCUUUCUCAAGGCAGCGGACCUAAUUGGUGGAAAGUAUCGAUAUGAGAUAAUGGCUGCGACAAUGCUUGGUCAAGGUAAAAAUGCCUGGCAGGCUGAGAUCGAUGCGGCUGCAGAGCUCUGCGACUUCCUGAGAUUCAAUGUGCAGUAUGCUCAAGAACUUUAUGCACAGCAGCCAGUCCACAACUCCCCCGGCGUCUGGAACCGCGUUGAGUAUCGACCUCUGGAGGGCUUCGUCUAUGCAAUUUCCCCUUUCAAUUUCACAGCCAUUGGUGGAAACCUUCCCUGUGCUCCAGCUUUGAUGGGGAACGUCGUUGUCUGGAAACCAUCUCCUUCAGCCAUUGCUUCCAACUACAUAAUUUACAGGAUCCUCCUCGAAGCUGGCCUACCCCCGAAUGUAAUCCAAUUUAUUCCUGGUGACGCUGUCGAGGUGACCUCCGUUGUUCUGGCCCACAAAGACUUUUCCAGCCUACACUAUACGGGCAGCACCACCGUCUUCCGCAGCCUGUACGGCAAGAUCGCCAACUGCGUGGCGGAAGGGAAGUAUCGAGGCUACCCACGCAUCGUUGGUGAGACCGGAGGCAAGAACUACCAUCUCGUCCACGCCAGCGCCGACCCCCACAACGCCGUCAUCAACACUGUUCGUGGGGCAUUCGAGUACCAGGGCCAAAAAUGCAGCGCUACCUCUCGCGCCUACAUGCCAUCGUCAUUAUGGCCAACCAUAAAACCAGUCCUAGAAGCACAGACCAAAGCCUUGAAAGUUGGACCUCCAACCGAGUUCGGCAACUUCAUCGGCCCCGUCAUUCACCAAGCAUCCUUCGACAAGCUAAAGAAAGUUAUCGACGACGCCAAAGAUGACCCAGAGCUUGAACUACUGACAGGCGGCAAAUAUGAUUCCUCUACCGGCUACUACAUUCACCCUACCAUCUACGUGACCAAGAACCCCCACCAUCACCUGCUCAGUACCGAGCUCUUCGGUCCCAUACUCACCGUUUAUGUUUACGACUCCGCACCUUCCAGCGCGUUCGGAGACAUUUGCAAGCUCAUAGACAGCACAUCCGACUACGCCUUGACUGGCGCCGUGUUUGCGAAAGACAGAGAAGCCAUUCGCUUUGCAGAAGACAUGCUAAGGAACAGCGCUGGUAAUUUUUACAUCAAUAUUAAGUGUACCGGAGCGGUUGUGGGCCAGCAACCGUUCGGUGGCGCGAGGGCGAGCGGGACGAACGAUAAGGCUGGGUCAUCAAACUUGCUGAGUCGAUUCGUGAGUAUGAGAAGUAUCAAGGAGGAUUUUGUUGGUAGUGGUGAGGUCGAGUACCCGAGUAAUGAGGUCUAG